AUGAAACUCACAGAUUUACCAACUGAGGUGAUCAACGAAAUCUUCAGUUAUAUAGAUAUUGAAACAUGUGAGAAAAUUAGAUCUUUCAAUAUCCCCCAAAUAUCAUCAUUUUUAGAUAAUAAUAUCUACGGUAAAUCCAUCAUCCUCUUGAAUAAUAAAACUCCAGGAGAUAAUAAAGCCACGAAAAUGCUAUUCAAAUUUAUUGAUUUCCAUGAUCUUGGUAAAAUCACUAAUGUUGCGAAAAUAGUUCCAGAGGCAGUGAGUGAUGAUAUACAUGACAUAAACGACAUAAACUUUAAUAAUGAUAACGACAAUAAUAAGAUCUCAAACGACAAUAAUAACUCAAAUAAUCCAAUAAUUCCUAAAAGAUUUGUUUUAUCUUACAGUUACUACAGAUCCAGAUAUAAUGAUAAUGACCAUGAUCCAUUUUUAACGAACUUUACUUCCACAUUACCUUUGAUAGGUGAACAUUACUUAUCCAAAAUCGGGAAUACCGAAAUAUCUAUUGAUUUAUUCAAUAAAAAAAUAUCAUCAUUAGAAACUGAUUGUGUGAUCAAAUUACUUGAAUCAGAUGUUUUCGAUCAUAACCUUGGAUACCUCAAUUUGAAUAGAUUCAGAAGAUUACCCGAAGCAAAUAUCAAUUCCUUGACUAAUUGUUUGAAUGAAAACCUUCAAAAAUUCCAUAAUCUUCAUACUUUAACCUUAUCAAGUAAUGCUAUCACAAGUAUCGAGAAAUUCAACCUUCCUGAUUCUAUCCUUUUCUUAAAUUUAGAUAACAAUAGAUUAAGAUCUAUUCCAUCUGAUUUCAAAUUCCCAAAAGAUUUAAUAAAGUUAAAUAUUAGCUGUAACUAUAUAAAUGAUUUAUCAAAUAUUGAAUUUCCUGAAUCCUUACAAUAUUUAGACAUUCAAUUAAAUGAACUUAAAAACUUAGAUAUAAAAUUCCCAUCAGAUUUAAAAGUAUUAAUUGCAUGUGGUAACAAUAUUUCAUUAGAUGAAGAGACCAAAUUCCCAAAGAACCUUACUUACUUAAACUUACUUCAAAAUCCAUUAAAUAAUUUGAAAAGUUUGGAUAAGAAUGAAUCCUUAAAGACCAUCUUUUUAGAUGCUGCAUUGGAGAAUAAAUGUGAAAAUCAUGCCGUUACUUUUAUUUAA